UUCGAUAAGUGGUCCGGUAGUCUUCCACUCUACUCGUGUUGAGUGUGUUGGCCCUAAACUAUUGUAGGUAAGCAGUCACAACAGCUACAGGUUCUUGCAUUGAUAGGUACACACGCAAAACUUGACACCUUAUAUCCAGCUGCUGUACGGCUAGAUGGUUGUUAACUUUCGGAUUAGCAUGUAGCAUUAGUUAGCCGGACACGCUAGUUUUGGCUAGCCUGAUGUAACUUGCUAACGUCACGUUUGCCACUGUUUUUGUUUACUUUGAUCAUGACAACCUUUGCGAAAUACCAUUCUAACGCCAAUGAGUGUGUAAUAAAAACAUUGGUGGCGAUAGUCUAGUGUUAUUGUUUAAAUCAAAAUAUCCCAAAGCUUUAAACUGGGCUACGUCUUUACUUGUAGUUUUUAUUUACCGUUGAAAGAAGUUGAAGUACGAAAAUGUCGAAACGGAAAAGCACCUCUGUCAAUGGCAAACCCUACAAACGGGUGAGACCUGAGGAAAAUGAGGAGGACGAAGAAGAAAUGGAACAUGCUAAUGGAAAUCAGAGUGACGAGGAAGAUGGGCUACUGACCAAAGAGAUGCUGAGAGCUGGAGAGGUGGCGAGUGAUGCAGGGAUUGUGGAGAGCAUCACUCUGAAGAACUUCAUGUGCCACUCUCACCUCGGACCAUUUACAUUUGGACCCAAUGUCAACUUUGUUGUUGGCAACAACGGAAGUGGAAAGAGUGCUGUUCUGACAGCUCUCAUAGUUGCUCUUGGUGGGAAUGCACAGGCCACAAACAGAGGAUUAUCCCUCAAGGGUUUUGUGAAGCAGGGAGAAAGCUCAGCAGACGUGUCGAUCACCCUGUGCAACAAAGGAAGGGAUGCUUACAAACCUGAGGUGUACGGUUCAGCCAUCAAUGUGGACUUGAGGAUAACAAGAGAGGGACUGAGAACAUAUAAACUGAGAGCCAAAUCAGGUCAACUUGUUACGAACAAAAAGGAAGAGCUUUUGUCCAUCCUGGACAAUUUUAAUAUACAAGUCAACAACCCUGUGUCUGUUCUCACUCAAGAGAUGAGCAAAUACUUCCUGCACUCCAAAGGAGAGGGAGACAAAUACAGGUUUUUUAUGAAAGCUACCCAACUGGAGCAGAUGCGAGAGGACUAUGUGUACAUCAAAGCCACUAAACAUGUCACAGAGGAUAAAGUUCAGCAACACAGUGAAAGCUUGAAAGACCUGAAGAGGAAGUAUCAAGAGAAAGAGGAACGUUACAAAAGCCUGGCUUCACUGGAUGAAAUGCAAACUAAGCUGGAGGAGUUGCAGAAACAAAUGGCAUGGGCUUUGGUUGCUGAGUUUGAGAAGGAGCUCAUGCCGAUGAAGGAGAAGUUGCAGUCAGACAGACGUGAUACAGAGAAAUAUGAUCAGAAGGUGGAUGAAUGGAAGAAAAAGGUAACAGAGGCUGAGGAUAAGCACAAGCAGAUCCAGGAACAGUUGGAGGGAAUCACUCAGCAAGUCCAGGAGCUUCAGCCUAAAAGUGCUCAGCUGAAGGCCGAGGUCCAGCGACAAAACGCCAAACUGAAGUCCAGUGAGGUCACUGUCCACAGGUGCAAGGCUAACCUUAGAGAUCUGGAAAAGGACAAGGCCCAACUGUCCUCAAGACUUAAUGAUCUCAAGAUAAGCAUCAGUCAGACAACAGGAGCAGAGAGCCAGGCUAGGGCUCAGCAUAUGGAGCAGAUACAGGCUGAGCUGGAGAACCUGAGACACCACAUCUCCACUCUGGAGCAGCAGAUUGACCAGUAUAAAAACGCCUGCGACCGUGCAAAUGAAGAACAAGGAAAGAUAAGGAAAGAGCACAGUGUGCUCCAGAGGUCCAUUGAUGCCAACAGAAGGAACCUGCAAACGUUGGAGAGCAGUCGAUCGAAUCGCCUGCGCCGUUUUGGAGAGCACAUGCCUGCACUCCUUAAUGCCAUCCAGGACGUUCACAAAAGGGGAAAGUUCAAGCAAAGACCCAGAGGGCCUCUGGGUUUCCUCAUCAGCCUGAAGGACCCUGAGCUAGCCCUGGCGGUAGAAGUGUGUCUUAAAGGCCAGCUGACAGCCUUUACUUGUGACAACCAUGAGGAUGAGAAGGUGCUACAGGGCCUUAUGGCCAGAGUGUUUCCAGGUGGCCGUAGACCUGCCAUUAUCACCAGCGCUUUUCUACCCCAAGUCCAUGAUACAAGAAAGAGGGCCGUAAAUCAUCCUGAUUACCCCUCCGUGCUACAAGCUUUAGAAAUCGAGGACCCAGUGGUGGCAAAUUGCCUGAUUGAUCAGAGGGGUAUAGAGAGCAUUCUUCUCAUUAAGAAUCGCACUGAUGCCCGCAGAGUGAUGCAGGGUAGAAACCCUCCCCAGAACUGCACCCAAGCCUUCUCUAAGGAUGGAGACCAAAUCUAUAAUAACCGCAGCUACACUGCUGAGCAGACAAGAGCAAACUACCUGUCUGGAGAUGUGGAGGAGGAGAUCAGGCACUUGCAGAGGGAGAUGGAGAACCAGAACGGUCAGGCAAACCGCUUCCAGCAGCACAUGAGAAAGUUAGAUGAAGACAUCAAACAGAAUAACAGGCUAUUGAAAAGUGCCCUCAUGGAGCAGAAGACUACAACUGAAAAAGCCACAAAGCUGCAGCUUGAGCUAACAGACCUACGAAAUGUGGAAGAGCCUCAGUCUGAGGACCUCAAGCCUCUGGAGGAAGAACUUCAGGAGAUCAUUUCUAAGAUCUCAUCAAAGCGUGUUGAGUAUGAAGAGGCUCGGGCUCAGAUGGCAGAGUUCAAGGUCUCCUAUGAGGCGGCAGAGCAGGAGUACAAGCAACAUAAAGACCAGAUCAACAUAGUUGCUGAGGAGGCCGACUCAUUAAAGGAAGAGCUGAAUAAGACCGAUCAGGGGGUGAUGAAAAGCAAGCAUCACAAAAAACAUUAUGAUGAGAAACGCAGUGCCCAUCUACGCAGCGUACAGGCCCUCGAGGCCUCCCUGGAGAGCAAGGAGCAGGAACUUCAGACAUCUAUUGCCAAGGCCACUGAAAUCUGUCCAGAGCGCAUGGAAGUCCGACGGACACCCAAGAGUCUGGACAGUGAGAUCAGUCGACUCAAAGUUAAAAUAUCUACUCAGCAGGAACAGCAGGGGGACCGAGAGGAGGUUGUAAGGCAGUAUAAAGAGGCUCUGGAGAACUACAACAAAAUGGCUCAGCAAAUGAAAUAUCUCAACAGCUUCAUCAAAAGCCUGGACAAUGUGAUGAGCCACAGACUCCAGGUUUACUCUGACCUCAGGAGGUUCCUCUCUGCCCGCUGUAAAUACUACUUUGACAGCAUGCUGCUCCAGAGAGGCUUCACUGGAAGUAUGGCAUUUGACCACAAAAAUGAAACCCUGGCCAUCUCGGUGCAGCCUGGUCAGGGAAGCAACACUGACUUAAGCGACAUGCGCACACUGUCUGGAGGCGAGCGCUCCUUCUCUACCGUUUGCUUCGUCCUCUCUCUGUGGGCCAUCACAGAAGCACCUUUCCGCUGCCUUGAUGAGUUUGAUGUUUACAUGGACAUGGUAAACAGGAGGAUAUCGAUGGACAUGCUGCUGAAGGUGGCUGCUGGUCAGCGCUACAGACAGUUCAUAUUCCUCACACCACAGAGCAUGGGGUCUCUUCCGGUGAGUAAAAUCAUCCGCAUCCUCCGACUCAAAGAUCCUGAUCGGGGCAACAACAACGCACAAAAUGGUCAAGAAGAGGAGCAGUAGUGUCACCUCAGGGUAACUUUACCUCAGAGGAGGAAGAAGGAAGGUUUAUUUGGAAACAGUUGUAAAUAAUUUGGAACUACAGCCAUAUGAGGAUUGUUCUGUCUGUUUAAAACAGGAAUAAUUGUACAAACUGUGUGAAUGUUUUGUUCAAUCAUGUUUAAUUCGCACUGUAAUAUUUAGAGAUGUUAUUUUAUAUCUACUUGAUGUUAAAUGUUUUGAAAAUUUAAGCGGUUAAUGGCAGUUUUAAUGCAAUAUUUUUUUACUGAUUAAACA